CCCCCCGUGGGGCUGCUCCGGGCUCAGUCCCUGCCGCCGCGAACCGCCCCGGGCGGCGGCUGCAGCUGCACCGGUCGCGGGACAGAUGCAAGUAGCCGGGGACAGGGGUGUUUUUGGUCCGUUGGAGAUGUCAGUCAGGACCCGGAGGAAAUUAGCAACGGCGAGCCAGUGCUGGGCGCGCGGCGUGUGGAGCCGCCCUUGGCUGUGGGCCGCCGCCGGGGCCUAAUGCAGGCGGGAUGGCGCGCGCGGGCUCUGCACAGCCUUGGAGCCCAUCCCACUGCGGGCCGGGUUCCGACCGGGCACAGAAGUCUCGAUCCGACAGUGGCUGCUAGCUCCGGGCGACAGCACCAGGCCUACGGCUCUAGCUAGUGGGCGGGUAUCCUGAUCAGGCUGCGCAGCCAUCACUCUCCCCUCCCCCAUCCAGUUUGUGAGUACCUAGUUUCUAAGGCAGGUAGCCCCCAACCCUGAUCAGUUAUUUUUUUCCCCACGUGUUUUAUUAUAGCCAAAUGCUUUUUUUCUUUUCGGAGUCUGCCCCCAUCUUCUCACUGCCUCCCUAGCACUAAUUUGGAGAAAUCAAGCCGUUAUCAGUUGCUUAGGAGACGCACAGCGCUGUACCUGGAACCUGAUAGCUAGUGUUGUGUUUUAUAAAUUAGCUCCCGUAUCCCUCUAAGGGAUUGAACUUGGCGUUCCAGCAAGUCCUUUAAAGGCUGCGGAGCUGUUGAUUGUCAGGAUUAAAGUACAUCUUGGAAUCUGGGUUUUCAGAACUGAAAAGGUACCUUAAGUAAAAUGGAGUUCAUCCCUCUCAUUUCACAGAAGACACCGGACCUAAAAAGCAUAGUGUUGCUUGAUCAAGAUGAUCAAGGUGCAGCCCUUUCAUGGUUAGGCUUUAGGGCUGCCGACACUUUGCCAUUGUGCCAGGACGGCAGUGCUGGUUCAUCCUGCUUCGGACAGUGUACCCCCCAGAAGUGAUUGCACUUGGCUUGCAGGACUUCUCAGGUUGAUUGGAAAGUUCGGCCUGGCUAUUGCGAUGGCUCUAGAGAGUAGUGGAUAGGACUGUUUCGGGGUGAGUUGUACGGCAGUGUAUUUUGGAGCCAAAAUCUCAUUUCCUCUUCUACGCCCCCAACACCAAUUCAACUUUAUACUCACGGGGACAGGCCCUGACACUUACCUAUUUUGUUUUUUCAGACUUAGCGUCUUGGUAUAUAGUCCAGGCUAGUGUAGAAUUGGUGAUCGGGCCAUCUUACAUCAGGUUCCUGGGUGCAGGGACUACAGUUGUAUGCCACCUCGUCUGACCACUGUUUCUUCUUUAGUUUAGUCUUUCAGCAACCGGGGUAUGUUUUAGCUAAGAUCAGAUCAGUGAGCCACUGCCAGACAGUGGGGUAGACAUGAAAUAUUUCAGGUGACUGGGGUGUAGUUAGGCAGUGGUGAAAACAUCAGGGGUGGACAGCAAGAAGAGCGCCCCCCCACACACACUAGACACUUGUGCCCAGCACUAGAAUGAAUUUUUUUUUAGCUAAAAAUGACUUGUUGUCGCUGUUUGUUUAGUUUUAUAUGUUAACCUUUGCCAGCUGUUUUCAUAGGUGAAUUCCCUAAAAAGGUGGUAUUGUCUCCGUGUUACACAUGUGUUAAGCCUGCAGAAAGGAACCAGAGAGACGUUCUGACUGUGGUGCCGGUCACUUGCAGAGGAAUAGCGUGUGAGCCUGAGGCCUUUGAGAGAAGGCUGAAAACACUGCUGCAGUUGGCCGUGCUGUGCUAGCUGUGGACUCGGAUCCUGUGAUCUCUGCCGUCUAGCCACAAUGGAUACUGCUAGCCAUAGCCUUGUCCUUCUGCAGCAGCUGAACAUGCAGCGAGAAUUUGGUUUUCUGUGUGAUUGCACAGUUGCUAUUGGAGAUGUUUAUUUCAAAGCCCACAGAGCGGUACUUGCUGCCUUUUCCAACUAUUUUAAGAUGAUAUUUAUUCACCAAACAAGUGAAUGCAUAAAAAUACAACCAACUGACAUCCAGCCCGAUAUAUUCAGCUACUUGUUGCACAUUAUGUACACAGGAAAAGGGCCCAAACAGAUGGUGGACCAUAGUCGUUUGGAGGAAGGGAUCAGAUUUCUCCAUGCGGACUACCUUUCCCAUAUUGCAACUGAAGUGAAUCAAGUGUUCUCACCAGAGACUGUGCAGACCUCAAAUCUCUAUGGUAUUCAGAUUUCAACAACCCAGAAAACAGCUGUCAAGCAAGGGCUGGAGGUGAAAGAAACUCCUCCCAGUAGCAGUGGGAACAGAGCUGCUGUCCAAGGUGAUCACCCACAGCUGCAGCUCUCCCUUGCAAUUGGGCUGGAUGAUGGGAGCGCAGAGCAGCAGAGGGCCCGUCCUGCUGCCCAGGCCUUGGAGGAGCACCAGAAGCCCCCGGUGUCCAUCAAACAGGAGAGAUGUGAUCCAGAGUCUGUGAUCUCCCAAGGCCACUCCUCGUCCUCAUCAGAAGUGACUGGCCCCUCUUUUACAGAAAACAGUAUCAAAGUCCACUUAUGCCAUUACUGUGGGGAGCGUUUUGAAUCCCGUGGUAACCUGAGACAGCACCUCCAUACCCAUGUGUCUGGAUCUCUCCCGUUUGGUGUCCCUGCUUCCAUUUUGGAAAGUAACGACCUUGGUGAAGUGCGUCCACUCAGUGACAGCAGCGAGGCUCUUGACUGCCGAAGGCUCAGCUCCUUCCUUGCCAGGGAGAAGGAGCAGCAGCAGCCAGUGCCCGAGCCCUCGAGCCGGGGUCCCGCAGAGCCUUUACAGAUCAGUCAAGUGUCUUUGAUCUCCAAAGACACAGAGCCAGUAGAAUUAAACUGUAAUUUUUCUUUUUCAAGAAAAAGAAAAAUCAGUUGUACCAUCUGUGGUCAUAAAUUUCUCCGAAAGAGCCAGUUACUGGAACACAUGUAUACACAUAAAGGUAAAUCUUACAGAUACAACAGAUGCCAAAGGUUUGGGAAUUCAUUGGCCCAGAGGUUUCAGCAGUAUUGUGACAGCUGGCCCGAUGUCCCCCUGAAAAGUUCGCGCUUGUCACAAGAACAUUUAGACUUGCCGUGUGCCUUAGAGUCAGAGCUCACACCAGGAAGUGUGGAUACCAUCCUUGUCGAGUAGCAGCUUCUCCUUUAGAAUUUUUAUACCAGUCUUGGAAAAGAUUCAGACGCCAUUUUAAAUUCAUAAAUUAUUUACUUCCUCGUGGUCUGUUGACUUAAAAUAAUCUGUCCCUGGUUUUGAGGUUGUACAAUUAUCCUAUGAACUUUUCUAUAAAUUAAAUGAUAAUUUGAAAAUCAGAAGUCAAUGUAUAAACUUCAAAGUGACUGAUUAUUUAUCAAAUCUCUUGUUGUUCCAGGUUACAGAGUCAGUAAAAUGAACUUGCACAUGAAGCAGAUGAGAUUUGUUUUAAAGAAUGUUCUAGAGGCCGGGAGUGAAGCUCAUCUGUAGAGGGCUUGCCUACAUGUGUGAGGCUCUAGGCUCAGUCUUCAGUGCACACACGUGCUCCCAGACAGACAACACUUUAAACCAUCACUCUUGUCUCAUGUUUCAUAUGAAUUAUGUCCUCAUGAAAAUGACUUUUAAACAUUUUCUGACAUAGGAAAUCAGUAGUUAUUUUAAUGUAUAACUAUAUAUUAUAAUGUAUAAAAAGUUUGUUCUAAGACAUGGCUAUACCAAAUCACGAGUAGUUUUAACUGUCUACUUCCUAGUACCCCAGCCUCUUACAUGGCCUCUUAUUUAAUUAACAUCAAGUAUACCUCAUUUUUAAUAAAAAUAUUCCAGCUAGAAGAAAGGACUGGAGAAGCCAGUGCUAAGGAAGUCUUGAACAGAGAAACCAGUUCAUACAUAUAUUCAAGCACAGAGGCGGGCUCUGAACCAUCCCUGGGCCAGUGAGCACAGCUACUGUGUCUUUACACACCCAAGGGCAGUUUCAGAUUUCUAUAGCAAGAGGUUUACCUAGAUUUGAAGAGAAAAAUACGAUACGAACCAUCUCUCUAGCUUAACGCAGCAGAAUUGUCUAGGCUGUCUGGGCUGACGGUAAUUUUCUGAAAGCCCCUCUUAUAGGUAGUCUUGCAGUAGUGUGGCUUUCACUUCUUCCUUUAGUAAAACCAGUGAAGUAGAUAACACCCAGUGUUCCAGGCCUAUUUAAAGCCACGCUGGCAGCUCUCCUUUUGUGAAUAUACUUAACUUCUCCUCUAUAGUGGUGACACUUAGAAACCUAAAACCCCAGAAAAAUUGAAGUUGAUGGACUAAGUGAUGGAUUUACUGUCCCUGAAAAAUAGCCCAUCAAAUUUCAUUGUUUCUGAAGUGUUUAAAUUUGAAGCUCUGCAGUCAAGGAUAAGAAGGCAAGAAAGACUGCAGAAGAGCCCUCCUCCUUCCCCUAUCCUAUUAAAGUCUAAGCUUCACAGACAUUUGAAGAACACCUGAGAUGGUUCUGAUCCCUGCCCGCCCCCAAGUUUGGAAACAGUCUUGGUAUGUGAUCCAGGUUGGCCUUACUCUUGGGCACAGCAGUUUUCUGUUUCAGUUUGCCGAGUAGCCAGGACCUUGGGCAUGUGCCAUCUCACAGAUGUUUGAAUACAUCUCAUAAAUGUGAUGCUUAGAUUUUAGCCACAUGCAAAGUCUGAACUGCUCCUGCCCCAUAGAACACUUCUGAAGACAUUUCUUAGAGGUUCUUCCCCCUGUCUGUGGGGAGCCUAGAGUAAUCCAGCUAAUUCUGAAACAAAAGUCCUUUCUGGGUAAACAGUGAGUUCAGAGGAAUAACAAAGCAGUGGUUUCAGAGACACUGUUGCCUGCCUCUCGGCCCAGAACUCAUGAGGUUGAUCUCUUGUGAGUUCAAGGCCAGCCUAGUUUAUAGAGUGAAUUCUAGACCAGUUAGCUACAUAGUGAGACCCUGUUUCAAACAAACAAAAAAUCACACAUGCAAACCACAUUCCAAACCAAAGUAGCAGUUUUGUUGUCUUAGUUUUUGAGACAUUCUUGCUAUAUGGCCCACGCUGACUUUGAACUCAGCAUCUUCCUCCCCUGCCUUCUUAGUGCUGGGAUUGUGGGCUGUACCACCAGCCAGGCUUCAGAGUGGUAACUUGAGGGCUGGGUGAAGAACCCCAUUAGUGUUGUCUUAAGGCGGUGUGUAGAGAGAGCAAAAUCUAGUUAGAGGGGUUGGUUAAACAAGUAUGCUGUUAUGGGGAGAUUACAAUUAUAUAUACUCUUAAACUAUUAAUUCAUUAAAGCAGUACUCAGCCAUACUACCUUAAAUGAUUUAACCUUAUAGAAACUCAAAUACCAAUUUAAUAUAUUUUAAACUAUUUAGGAUAUAUUUCCUACUUUUCUGUAAUCUUCUCUGCGUACCAAGUCAUUAGUCUUACACACAAGAGGCCCUUAUAUAGCUAAAGGGUGGGAAUAGAGGCUUUCAGGGUAGGUGAAUGGGUGCAGCAGCUCAAGACAGUCUGGAGAGAUGCUGAGAGAGCUUGCCUACAGCUAACGGCUAUGAUGUGGGAUUCCCCUCUGUUAGGCUGUGAAUAUGUUUUAUAAAAAUGGGUUAAUUUAAGAUGUAAGAGCUAGCUAGGAAUACACUAGAGUCAUUGGCAACACGGUGUUGUGAUUAAUAUAGUUUCUGUGUGAUUAUUUGGCUCUGGGCAGCUGGGGAAUGAACGAGCAGUCUCGGCUUACAGAACCGUAUGCAGCAGAGUUAAUAAACAUAUGUUAUAAAUGAGACGGAACCGUACCUAGAGUCUGGGGAGAUGGCUCAGUGAGUAAAGUCAUCGCUGCUCACAGAUUGGAAGCUGAGGUGAGACCUAGCUAUGGCGCCUGUCAUCUCAGUGCUGGGGGAGGAGCAGAGACAGGCAGGCAGAAGGUACUCUCAGGAGAGCCCCGCAGAGAGAAGCACCAGGUUCAGGGAGACCCUUGUCUCAAAAACAGGUAGAGAAGUGAUUAGGGAAGACAUGUCACCAGUCUCUGGUCUUAACACAUGGCCACACGUGUGCGUACACCGACACACAUGCAUACCCCACACGCACAUACAGAAUAAGUGGAAGUCUAUGAGCUUGGAGAAAAUAUUAGUUCACCUGAUUGCUAUCUCUCGUGCUUCACUCGAUUCCUCUCAUUUAUAAAGCUCCUUGUAAUACCUGACCAAAAAGACAAAAUGCUCAGUCUUGCUCAUCUAUAACCCCAGCUGUCAGUAGACGGAGGCAGGACGAGCCUGGAGCUACGUGGCGAGACCCUGACUCAGUCUGCAAUAACAUUAUUUUAGGAAGUGGAGAAAUGUUAGUUUCGUUUUAUGGAAAAAGUUCCCCAAAGCUAGUUUUUACAGAGGCAUGUAGUCAGUGGGAUGGUAUCUGUUGUCACUUUGUUUUGAUUUUUAAAGAUUUAUUUAUCUUUAUGUUAUGUGGUAUGUGUUGAAUGUUUUGCUGUCUUUUGUGCACAGCAUGCAUGCAGUGCCCGUGGAGGCCAGGAAAGGGCAACAGAGCCUCCGGAACUCAAGUGGGUGUGGGAACUGAGCCCAGGUCCUCCUCCAGAGCAGCUAGUGCCUUUAAACACUGAGUCAUCUCUCCCGCCUGUUUUGGCUUUUUGAGGUGAGGUCUCACUGUAUGGCCCAUGCUGGCCUGGAACAGUCCCUUGGCAACCUCCUAAGGGCUGGGAAGGCAGACAUGCACUGUCGUGGGUAGUUUUGGUUUUGGUUUUUAAGGACAUGAUUUGUCAUUGGGGUGGGGAAAAGUCUUCAUAUUUUAAAAGUUUUUCCAGAGAAACAGCUUUGCUCUUUACCACAUCUGUAAAAUGGAGCUUUGCAUCUGUGGUUUGUGUAAUGGUUGCCAAGUUGAACCAGGAGUUGCCUGCUGGAUGUACUUUGUUGCCAAAUGUCGCCCUCUUGUGUUGAGGUAAAUAAUCUCUGCUGGCUAACAUUUUAAAGGCAUGGUGGGGAAAAAGUUCCGGUUCUCACCAACCAGCUCUGUAUUGGGUAGAUAUUUAAAGCUUCUCCACUCGGGCCAGCUUUAAACUCCCUCUUCUUCCCGGAUCCUGCAUCAUGGUGUUUUCUGGAGAAAAGUAGAGGCUGUCUCAGCAUUUGUUCUUGGUGUGGGAGCCCAGUAAAUGCAGUCUGCCUUCAAACCAAUGUUGUUGUUUUUACUGUAUAACCUUGAGAUGGUUACUUACUUCUCGGACUGACCUCCCAGGUAAAGUGGGUGUCAACAGCACCCACUUCACAGGGAUGCCAUCAGGCUUAAGACUAAAAUCGUGUUAGUGUAGUGAUGACAACCAACCUCUGAGGAAACUUCCAUAGCUAGAGCCCUGUUCUGUAUUUCUUCCUGUAGAUUCUAGAACAUGUUUGAAGCUAUCAUGUACUACUUACUAGACAAUUAGCUGAGGAAACUGGUUUUUACAAAAAUACUCUGGAAAUAGCAGUGUUACUUGAAUUCUUACUCUAGUGUUUACUCUUCGUCAAGGAACAGGUGGAUUCGCAUUGUUGGGAAUAAAAUACACUAUUUUCAGCAUUAAUGAGACUGUCCCCCAAAUACAUUGUUUCCAUUUUAAAAAAAAGAACAAAUGGAAGAAAUCCCAUCGUUUCUUGGAUAAAGAUGGUCUAAACUGUAGACGGAGGAAGGAAGUGGGAUGAGGACGCUACCUAGGAGCUCGCCACGGCUCUGAGCUAACGCUGGAGAAGCCUUCCUGGAACACUGAGGAAACUUCUGGUGGUCGUGAAGAGCCAGGACAGAGCCUGAAGCCUGUCUGCACCUGACGAAGACUUGAUAGGUGUUUUCGUGGUAACUGCGCUAAAGUCGGUCGUGUGGAGAACUUUUAUAGUGUAACUUGUGUGCUUUCGUGUGCUUAAACUUUAUCUGUGACAUUUCAUUAUGAUAAGUUGUUAAAUUCCUAGGAGUGAACCCUGUAAAUGCUUCUGUGCUGAACCA